AAAAAAAAAAAAAGAAAAUAGCUCAAGGUUUUUUUUUUUCCAUCACAGUAAUUCAACACGCGUUUAUAAUAAUUAAUAAUUAAUAAUUUGGCAAGCAUUAUUGGUAAAUUAUCAAGUUGAUUAAAUAAUAAAAUAAAUAUAAACAAAUUGAUUAUCAAUAAUAAUCAUAUUUGCGUGUGUGUGUGUGUGGAUUAUUGAAAAAAAGAAGAGAGAGAGAGAGAGAAAGAGAAGAAGAAGAGAAAAAAAAAAAAAAACCAUUUGAGGCAUCAUUUGAUUCACGUAGUUUCAACGUCUAGAGUAUAGAGCAGUGUAGAGAAGCCAUCUUGUAAUCGUUAAUCAGAGAUCUUUGCUAAGCGAGUUUCGUUGUCUGGUUUUCGGCCAGUUUAAUAUCAAUACACAGUUCAUCAGAUGGCUUUAAAACGAAUUAAUAAGGAACUUCAGGAUCUUGGAAGAGAUCCACCUGCACAAUGUUCAGCUGGACCUGUAGGUGACGAUUUGUUCCACUGGCAGGCAACCAUCAUGGGACCACCUGACAGCCCAUACCAAGGAGGAGUAUUUUUCCUUACAAUUCACUUUCCCACAGAUUAUCCAUUCAAACCACCCAAGGUGGCAUUUACAACCAGAAUUUAUCAUCCUAACAUCAACAGUAAUGGAAGUAUUUGCUUGGAUAUUUUAAGAUCGCAAUGGUCUCCUGCACUCACUAUUUCAAAAGUGUUAUUGUCAAUAUGCUCUCUGCUGUGUGAUCCAAAUCCAGAUGAUCCACUUGUACCAGAAAUAGCCAGGAUAUACAAAACUGAUCGUGAGAAGUACAACGAAUUGGCACGUGAAUGGACGCGUAAAUAUGCCAUGUGAUGCGCCAACCUUCGUUGACCUCAUCCAACCACCACCACCAACGAGAGCAGCCCCAGUCUAAUAUUCCACUUUAACCGUACAGCACCAAUUCAAAGUAGCUAUAUGCCUCGUCCGAUAUUUCAUUUAUCGUCCUUGUUUAUUAAUAACUAUAAUUAUUAUUAUUAUUAUUAUUAUUAUUAUUACUAUUACUUAUAUUACUAUCAUCAAGGAUUCUUUUUAUUUUGUCAUCUUUUAAUCGCAAAAUACUCAGGACAUUUGUGUUUCAAACUUUCAAUUAAAUAUUAAUAAUAAAUUUUUAAAUAAUAAUAAUAAUAAUAAUAAUAAUUAAACAACAAGCAAAUAUUUCAAAGCGAAAAAUAAAUAAAUAAAAGAGUCCUGAGUUAUAAUUUAUAUAAAUUUUAAAUCGGCGAAUUUUCAUCAUGGCUACUAUACUGAGGGCAAUAUUUGAAAAAAAAAAAAUAAAUAAAUAAAAAGUGGUUAUAAAAACAAUAAUAAUAUUUAUCCAAAUCGAAACAACAAGAAAAUGAAUUUUAAAAAAUAAUGUCCGCUUUGAUUUUCAUAAAUAAUAAAAAAAAAAUUAAAAAAACAAAAAAAAAAAUGAAUUAAACAUUUGGAGCAAAAAAAAAAUAAUAAUAAUUACCCACACAUACACAAAAGAGUGAAAGUAGAAUUUAUAUAUAUUUAAAAUCUUAAUAGUUUAAUAAUUUCUAAUAAUUGUUUUUACAAUUAAUUGUAAUAUCUACUUUCUUCAAUCAAAUUAAACUUGAAAAAAAAUGAGAAAAAAAAAAGAAAAAAAAAAACGUAAUGUGCCCAUAUUUUUAUUUCAAACAAUGCGGUCAUUUUUUUUUUUUUUUUCGUGUAAGACUGGGCUUCAUCUAUAUAAAUACCACUAAAACUAAAUUUUUGUUUUGAUUAUUAAAAAAUCCCGCACCUAUUUUUUAUUCAACUUUUUUUUUCAUUAAUUUGUUUGUGAAAAAAGAAUAAAAAAACAACGUGAAUAUAUGAGGUUGCUCGGUAUGACGGUGUGUGAAGGAAAAUAAUAUUAAU